AAAAAAAAAUCAUGGACGCAGACAGUCAUUCGGAGUCUGCGGCCGGCCAGGACCUGGCAUAUGGCAAUGGGCCGCAGUCGCAGAACUCCCCUGCAGCCCCGAAUGCAGGCCAUGCAAGUUUUAGAAGGCAACGCGCAUCCCGAGCUUGCGAGACUUGCCACGCUCGAAAGGUUCGAUGUGACGCUGCCAGUCUCGGUGUUCCCUGUACCAAUUGCGUGGCCUUUGCCAUCGAGUGUCGGAUUCCGACCCCUAAAAGGAAGAAAACCCAUCAAGUGAAGAAUAGAGACGGCAACGGUGACGAAUCCAACAAAGAUGCCCAGGACGACUCCUCGAGAGAAUCCCUGCCACGUGAUUCUAACGAAUACCCGGCCGCGAAUCCCAUGUCAAUUGAUGGCAUGCCGCAAACCUCCCUGACUUCUGCCCAGCAGGCUCAGGAAAACAUCAAUGCGAACACAUAUGCCCAGUUCAUGAAGCCCAAAUUCACUCGCGCCCCCAUCAAGGAGGCUGGACGCGUUGCCUAUCUCGGCGAGUCUUCCAACCUGUCGCUUCUCGUCCACGACCGCGGAAACUCCGACGUUGUCCACUACCCGCUUCCUGAGAAUGUGCGAGGCACCCGUGCCCGUCUGACUGAAUUGGAUCAUCUGGAGAUUGAAAUCCUCCAUCAACGAGGCGCAUUCUUAUUGCCUCCACGCCAGCUAUGCGAUGAACUCGUCGAGGCCUUUUUCAAAUGGGUGGCUCCAGUUGUGCCGAUCAUCAACCGGAAUCGCUUUAUGCGGCGGUAUCGCGACCCUAAGAACCCGCCGUCACUGCUCCUGUUACAGGCUAUACUGUUGGCGGGCUCUCGAGUCUGCACCAACGCGCAACUAAUGGACCAGAAUGGCUCCACGAUUCCGGCGUCUACGACUUUUUACAAGCGUGCCAAGGCCCUUUAUGAUGCCAAUUACGAAGACGAUCGAGUCACAAUUGUACAGGCUUUGGUCCUGAUGGGCUGGUACUGGGAAGGACCUGAAGAUGUAACCAAGAAUGUAUUUUACUGGAGUAGAGUUGCUAUCGUUGUGGCUCAAGGUUCCGGCAUGCACCGAAGUGUUGAGAGUUCUCAGCUCAGCAGGACAGACAAGCGACUUUGGAAGCGAAUUUGGUGGACGCUUUUUACGCGGGAUCGCUCUGUUGCAGUCGCUCUGGGGCGACCCAUCAACAUCAACAUUGACGACUCUGAUGUCGAAAUGCUGACGGAAGAAGACUUCAUCGAAGAUGAAGGCGAUACUCCUGCUGAGUACCAAGCAGACCCCGUGCAUGUGCAAUUCUUCCUCCAAUACGUCAAGCUGUGUGAGAUCAUGGGUCUAGUCUUAUCCCAACAGUACUCGGUAGCAUCCAAAUCCAGACGCACGAAUGCAAUCGACUUAACUCACUCUGACAUGGCGCUGGCGGACUGGCUCCAAAACUGUCCCAAGGAGGUGUAUUGGGAACGCUCGCGACAUCAUUUCUGGGGGGCUCUUCUCCACUCGAACUACUACACAACUCUUUGUCUAUUACACCGAGCCCACAUGCCACCAGCUUCGGCCAGUGCCAAUAGCUACCGAACGGAAGAAAUUGCCUAUCCAUCUCGAACGAUUGCAUUCCAAGCUGCUGGCAUGAUCACAUCUAUUGUGGAAAAGCUGCAGGCUCACGACGAGAUCCGUUUCACACCUGCAUUUAUCGUCUACAGUCUCUUUUCCGCCUUGAUCAUGCACGUCUAUCAAAUGCGCUCGUCAGUGCCGUCUGUCGUGGCGACGUGUCAAGAACGAAUGGGGAUCUGCAUGCGCGCACUGAAAGAUGUAUCCAAGGUGUGGCUCGUUGCGAAAAUGGUUCAUACCUUGUUCGAAUCUAUCUUGGGCAAUAAAGUCCUGGAGGAACGACUGCAAAGAGCACCGGGCAAACGCCAUCAGAAAAACCGAUCUGAGCACCACCAAAAUAACGGAGUCCAGCAACCCCCGUCCCGGAAAUCCGAUCCUCCAAAACGCAAAUUCGACGACAUGGAUCUGGGACUGCCUAAUGGCGGUCCUACACCACCAGUAUCUUACGAGCGCUCCCGUCCACAAACCCCAGCAGCCACGCCAUCACGCGACUUGCCCCCGCCAGCACAACAGGGCUUAAAUGCAAUGCAAACAUCGCCGAACAUGGUCAAAAUGCCCGAUUCCACGCAGCCAACCGGCACUUCGCGAGGCAAUACCAGGCCAACAACUCCGUUCAAUGCGCCGUUCUCGCUCCCCGCCACGCCUCCCGAUCUCUUCCUUGUCACGCGCAACUCGCCCAAUCUCUCACCGACCUUGUGGGAGAAUUUCCAGCCCGACCAGCUGUUCCCUGAUGGUACCAAUUUCUUCCCUACGCUUCCAUCGCCUCAAAACACCAUGCUCGAUCAUCAGAUGCCAACGGCCAAUGCGAUGCCCGGACACGGUAAUGUGAUCAUGAACCAACAAAUGCCGAAUCGCAGCCUCCCAGGCAAUCAUGGAAGCCCGCCCCUGGUCACUGCCAUUCCUCCCGAAAUGGGCGGAAUUCAGGGCCCGCCGCAGCAGCAGCAACAACAACAUCAUCAACCGCCGCCGCCCAACAUAUUCGGAAUUGAGCACACUCACACGCAGUCAUGGCACGGACUAGAUGCCGCACUGGCUGGAAAUGGUAUUGACGCGGCUAGUCAGGAUGAUAGCUGGAGUAACAGCUCUCGUGGCAACGGGCCGACAGCGCCGACGACCCUGAAUGUUGAAGAUUGGUUCCAGUUCUUCGGCAUCAACGGAGGCUUCGGCGACCUCGUGGCCGACCCAAUGGCUAGUUAGAUUCGUUUGAUCAGUCAUCGACACCGUACUUGCAAGACUUUUGUCUUGAUUAUAUGCAAUUUUGAUAUUUACUGGCAAAGCACAUAUGUGAUAUUUAAGUGUCAUUUAUGUGACUAUUGAAUGAAACCUCAUCCACCACCCGCAUAAAACUUCUUUGUUACUGCUUCUAUUCGGUAUAACAUGUGUAUUUACUAUUAUCUCUAUGGAUAGGAUGGAGAGGGGUAUGCAUUCAAACAGGCUCUGGAUGGUGUUUGUGACUCGUUAAUAUGGUUGGGAAGGACAACCAUGAUGAUUGUUGUAAAUAAUCUGUUUAAGUAUCAUUUUUUGCGAGAUCUUCAGUGUAUUUGUGCGUAAGCCCUUUGUCCUGCAUAACGAUCGGU